AUGGCUCAGGCCGGCGUAAUACCGUCCGAGCCAUCGCAACCACUUCACACACCAACGGCCCUAUCCGGUCCCCAUGGCUUCUUUCGAAAGCUCUUUGGCAGGCAGAGUGGGAACGGAGCUCCAUCAAAACCUGUAGAGCAACCCAAAGACAUUCAGCAUGAAGACGAAUCAACUGACACCAACAAGGGCGGGCUGAUUAGUCGAAUGUCUCGAAGGGUUGUACCAGGAUUACCUCGAGCGCAGACGUUCAAGCGCCAAAUAUCAGAAAGGAGGACUAAUCUAUCACCGAUCCAACCAACGCCAGACGAGAGACGAGCCGUUUCUAUGGACAGACGCUCUAAUAGAGCACGGAGUUCAUCAGCCCAACCCGCAAUCAACCCCCGUCUUAGCGCCCCAAGCUUUCUUGCUUCUCCCCUGGACGAAACCCCACGAUUUGUUCCUUCAAUAUCCGUCGAUAACGUGGUAGAUGUAGCUUCCCAAGACUCUACCGCAGAGUCUUUGCACAGGGAUGACGACGUUACACUUGCCGAUGACUGCCCAGCACAGGACAGUCUUUCUACUGCAGAUACUCAUUCUAUAUCGGCAUCGCAGUAUGAAGCCCUCAUCCAUGAAGAGCUCGAAAAGACUUGGAUCUUGAAUCUCAGCAUGCAUUUCCGUGAUCGAUCAAGACGGGAGAAAUUCUUUGUCACAUAUCGUGAACGCGAUCAUCUCUGGCGGCGUGUGACGAUCUCACUGGAUUACCGAGAUGCGCCCCCAAAUUCACUGGAGAUGGAUCUGAUCCACACACAUUUCCAACGAGAAAAAAGUGCAAAGAUUUACGAGGCCAUCCGAGAAAGCUUGCGGGACAUUCAGUUUUACGACACUGUAACAAACCUGAAGCUUCAGACCACUGACGGAAGGCUUCAUGUCCACGUGGUUGAGGACGGAAAUGAAAUCAUCCAAUACCCAACUGUUGCUCAGAUCAAGCACCUGGGAUGCCGUCGCAUUCGGGAGAGGGAUAUUGUAUUUGAAUCGCACAUGUCUGGAUUUGUUUACAAAGUCAAUGUUAAUGGCCACACACUCAUUAAGAAGGAAAUCCCAAGCCCUGACACUAUAGACGAGUUUCUUUAUGAGAUCAACGCCCUCAACGCAUUGCGAUUUUCACGCAAUGUCAUUCACUUCUACGGUGUUGUGGUGGACGAUGAUGAUCAACACGUGAAGGGACUCCUUAUCAACUAUGCAGACCAAGGAGCUCUGAUCGAUGUUAUAUACGAGCACUGCAAAGAUGGUGAUUAUGGUCUGCCGUGGACGACAAGAGAGAGAUGGGCGCGACAAAUCGUGGAAGGGCUAUCUGACAUCCAUGAAUCCGGAUUUGUGCAGGGCGACUUUACCUUGUCAAACAUCGUUAUAGAUGGAUAUGGCGACGCCAAAAUCAUCGACAUCAACCGACGAGGAUGCCCAGUAGGAUGGGAGCCUCCGGAAGCGACACCGCUCAUCGAGAGCAACCAGCGCAUUACGAUGUACAUUGGCGUCAAAUCAGAUCUGUACCAGUUAGGCAUGGUUCUAUGGGCAUUGGCAGCGCAAGAAGACGAACCGGAAGCCCAGGGACGACCCUUGAUACUCGGCCCCGAAGUGAACAUUCCAGAUUGGUAUCGACAGAUGGCCGAAGUCUGUUUGAGCGAUGACCCGCGCAUGCGGCUUCAAGCAGCUGCGUUACUGGAAAUGUUUCCUCAGCCAGGGGAAAGCGAAGGUCGUGGCCAACUCAAUCCACCAGAAUCAAUGGUAGACGAAGGCUACACUUUACAACAGUACCUGGGCGAUGGAUAUCACCCAAACAACCUCCCGCACAUCACGACGAAUGAGCCAUCCAACGACUGGUCAUAUGUGAACCAGCCACGUCCAGACACAAGUCCUGUUAGGUACGAACCGUAUCGCUACACACGCGGUCGCUCUCCGCCAAGCCCCCUGCCAAGUAAUUGCGACGAUUACAAUUCUCCUCGGGGGUCAUACGAUGUUGCUGCAUGGGCAGCGAAUCAAAACAUACCCUCGUCAUACAGUGAUGUAGGACCCGAUGGAACACCGGUUGAUGAGACGCCUAUUGCGAACAGGACGGGACUCAUUGAUUCCGAUGCGUUAACAGCACCUGACUCAACCACGGGAAAAAGAGAGACGCCAGCCACUUCGACGACAACACCAAGUCCGACACGAUGCGCGGAUAGUCUUCAUGGCAAAACCCUCUCAACUACCGACAAGGCGCCCCUGGCUCAGGGACAGGAACAAAGCAUGGAAAGCGGCAAAAGGAACGUAGAAGCCCCGCAUCGAGAGUUGGUCGCCAGUGUGACAAAGCCAGGAAACAUCAGCCCAGGUGACAGCGAUACUGUGGUCAGGGAUCAUCAGCAAGAGAGGAGGAAGGAUGAAAUGGUAAAAGAUGAUGUAAAAACACAUACAAAUGUUGUUCCACCAGAAAAAAGAACCGGACUUGUUGAAGGGAAAGAAGUCAAAGUGGCGCGAGCCUCAGACCGGAAUCCCCAAGAGAGCUUGGAGGAUUUGCCCAAGAACGACGACAGAGCGAAGAAGACCCAACUACCCCAAGACGGGAACAACACAGAAAAGCACCAGACGACGUCUGUAGGCGAGAAAAACGUCGCAGACAAAAAAGCAGAGGCAACGGCGGAACAAACCGCAGCAAAAAGGCAAGGGUCCACAGCACCUGGUGCCUACCAAACUACACCUGGCUGUACCAAGAAGAAAGAGCUGGAUGCUGUAAAAGCAGACAGAGCUCCGGAAAGACUGGCGACUAACGACCACGUCAAGGGCUUUGAAUUCUCAAAAACAACUGAGGACCCAUACCCGUUGGUCAAUGGUAAGCCGAGUCAAAAGAAGCAUACAAAUUACGACAAAUCCACGGGAGUGAGACCUUCACGCGGACUAUAA